GUGAUUUCCACACGCAGCAGCGGCAACCACAACAACAGCAGCAACAACGAGAACAGCAACCAAAACAAUAACAACAACAAUUGGAGAGAAUAGCGGCAAGCGGUCUUAGUCGCUGCGCUUCUCCUAUUUUAAGUGCCGAGCGUUUUACUAUUUUUACUACACAGCCCAACACACAGAUACAGAUACACACGGCUGCAUUCGGCGGUGCCUGUGUGUGCCUGCUGACGUGUGUGUGAGUUCUAUUAGAAACAACAAUAAAAACAAAAACAGUGUUAAAUGCCAGUGAAAUGAUCUUCCAUAAAUAAGUUUUUGAAAUAAAUUCGAGAGCAAGGAGAAUGAAAAUUGAAUUGUAUGAAAAAAUGCCAAGAAACUGCAGCGGAAAAGAAAAAGCAGCGAUGAUGUUGGAGAGCCGAAACUAGGCUAAAUAUCUUUGCAUACUUUUGGGAAAGUUGUGCGGCACAUACAGACACACUCGCCAACACACACAAACACACUCGCGUAGGACCUGCGCCUGCGGUCGCCGACAUUUGAACCUGUUUUCUGACCAUUGACCACCGACCACCGACCGCCGGCUGCCUCUUUUUACUUUUGGCAACGGCAACGGUAGCUGCAGCGCGAAAAUGUGCACAAAAACGGCAUAGGCCCACAAAAGAGUUCAGAGUGAGUGGUGCGGUUCAACAGCCUCCGGGAGUUCGUCGUGGCAAGCUCGAAACUCGCAAAUUCGGCGGCAGCUUCGUGUAUCUGUGUGUCUGUAUCUGUAACUGUAUCCGUGCAUCUGUAUCUGGUGCAUCUGUGUGCGGGCAUCCUGCAGCUGCAGCUCUGCAGCGGCGAAAAUUGUGUCAGCAGCAUCGGCAGCGUAUCCUGCAGCUCGCCAGACUGGCGCCUCCAUCUCCAAUUGCCGGUGCAGCGGCCCAACUGCGUCAGAGUGUUGAACGUGCCAUUGCGAGAAUGCCUUCUCGCGGUCCCACGUCAUAGUCACCGUCAUUAGCAACUGGCAACCAGCAACAAGCAACUAGCAACUAGCAACACUCCCGGCAGCAACACUAAUUGCAACUAGCUACAAGCAACUGCAACAGCAACUGCACAGCACAAAUCACAGCCAAAUCGAACGCAACAAAGCUUCCAGAGUCAGGCCAACGGGACUGGAGAGCCCCAUCACUUCCAGGAUCAGGAGAGAAGCCAUCCCCAGCCAAUUACCAGCCAUGCAGUUGCUCCUCAAGUCGAUCUUCACCUGCGCACUAUUCGUGAUCUUUGUGUACGCCACCGCCCAGUCGCUGCUGAAGGUCCAGGAGACCGAGGCGCGGCAGGCGGCGUACCUCAACAUCAGCUCCCACUCCUCCUCCGCCGACGACCAGAGCAGCAGUAAUCUCAGCCAGGACGAUGGCCACUUCCUCAGCCGGCGGCUAAGGCAGGUGCAGGCCCAGGUGCAGGCGAGGCAGGUGGUGCACGGCGAGGAGGGCGUGGAGGGGGCGCCGUCCCAGCUGGAGGACGAACUGAAGCAGCUGAUGAAGACCAAUGUGGACGCACCCGAUGUGGAGGAGCUGCGCCAGUGCAGCGAGGGCCUGGUCCUGCCACUGUGGAUGCCGCAGCGCAACAUUUCCAUUGGUGACCGGCUCAUCCGCGGCUUCGUCUACUUCAUGCUGCUGAUCUACCUGUUCGUGGGCGUCUCCAUCAUCGCGGAUCGCUUCAUGGCCGCCAUCGAGGCCAUCACCUCAAUCGAAAGGGCGGUGGUGGUGAAGGGUCCCAACAACACCAAGCAAGUGAUGCACGUGAGGAUCUGGAACGAAACGGUGGCCAAUCUCACGCUGAUGGCCCUUGGGUCGAGUGCCCCCGAGAUCCUGCUCUCGGUGAUCGAGAUCUAUGCCAAGGACUUCGAGAGCGGGGACCUGGGACCAGGCACCAUCGUGGGCUCCGCCGCCUACAACCUGUUCAUGAUCAUCGCCGUCUGCAUGAUCUGGAUUCCGGCCGGCGAGGUGCGGAGGAUCCGGCACCUGCGCGUCUUCUUCGUGACCGCCCUCUUCUCGAUCUUCGCCUACGUGUGGCUGUGGCUCAUCCUGUCCGUGUUCACGCCCGGCGUGAUCCUCGUGUGGGAGGCGAUCGUGACCCUGCUCUUCUUCCCGCUGACCGUGCUCUGGGCAUACAUCGCCGAGCGCCGGCUGCUCGUCUACAAGUACAUGGACAAGAACUACCGGGUGAACAAGCGCGGCACCGUGGUGGCCGGCGAGCACGACCAGGUGGAGAUGGAUGCGGAGAAGGGCCCCAAACACCCGAUGGUCACCUCUUCGCGCCCGAACGACGCCGAGGCCUUCGACGAGGCCCGCCGGGAGUACAUCCAUGUGCUCACGGAGCUACGCCAGAAGUACCCCGAGGCCGAUCUCGAGCAGCUGGAGAUGAUGGCCCAGGAGCAGGUGCUGGCGCGGAGCAACAAGUCGCGCGCCUUCUACCGCAUCCAGGCCACCCGCAAGAUGGUCGGCAGCGGCAACCUAAUGCGCAAGAUCCAAGAGCGGGCGCACAGCGAUCUCACCGAGGUGAAGGCCCAGCUGCACGCCGGCGACGAGGAGGAGGCGGACGAUCCCAUCCGGAUGUACUUCGAGCCGGGCCACUACACCGUCAUGGAGAACUGCGGCGAGUUCGAGGUGCGGGUGGUGCGCCGUGGAGACAUUUCGACGUAUGCCAGCGUGGAGUACGAGACGCAGGACGGCACCGCCUCCGCCGGCAACGAUUUCGUCGGCCGGAAGGGCCUGCUCAGCUUCCCGCCCGGCGUCGACGAGCAGCGCUUCCGCAUCGAGGUGAUCGACGACGAUGUCUUCGAGGAGGACGAGUGCUUCUACAUCCGGCUCUUCAAUCCCUCGGAGGGCGUCAAGCUGGCCGUGCCGAUGAUCGCCACCGUCAUGAUCCUGGACGACGACCACGCGGGCAUCUUCGCCUUCACGGACUCGGUCUUCGAGAUCACCGAGUCCGUCGGCCGCUUCGAGCUGAAGGUGAUGCGCUACUCCGGCGCCCGCGGCACCGUCAUUGUGCCCUACUGGACCGAGAACGACACGGCCACCGACGCCAAGGACUACGAGGAGGCUCGCGGAGAACUCGUCUUCGAGAACAAUGAAUCUGAGAAAUUCAUCGAUCUGUACAUCCUGGAGCAGAGCAGCUAUGAGAAGGACGUCAGCUUCAAGGUGCACAUCGGAGAACCUCGUUUGGCGCCAGAUGACACUAACAAGGAAUCAUUUUUCAAUCGAUUUUUUGAAAAACACGAACACUCCGGAGAUCCCACUCACGAUGAAAUGGCAGCCAAAAUCAAGGAGGUCGAAAAGAAGUCCGUUCAGGAUCUCACCGAACUGGAUCGCAUCCUGCUGCUGAGCAAGCCGAGGAACGGAGAACUGACCACCGCCUAUGUGCGCAUCCGAGAGAGCCAGGAAUUCAAGGCUACUGUCGACAAACUGGUGGCCAAAGCAAACGUUUCCGCCGUCCUUGGCACUUCGUCCUGGAAGGAACAGUUCAAAGAUGCCCUCACCGUUAUCCCAGCCGACGAAAGUGAGUUUGAUAACGACGAUGAGGAGGAGGAGGUGCCCAGCUGCUUCAGCUACGUGAGCCACUUCGUCUGCCUCUUCUGGAAGGUCCUGUUUGCAUUUGUGCCGCCCACAGACAUUUGCGGCGGCUAUGUGACCUUUGUGGUGUCCAUAUUCGUGAUUGGCGUCAUAACCGCCGUCAUCGGAGAUGCCGCCUCCUAUUUCGGUUGCGCCCUCAACAUCAAGGACUCGGUAACGGCCAUCCUGUUUGUCGCCCUGGGCACGAGCAUACCAGACACUUUCGCCAGCAUGAUAGCCGCCAAGCACGACGAGGGGGCCGAUAAUUGCAUUGGCAAUGUCACGGGCAGCAAUGCGGUCAACGUGUUCCUGGGCAUCGGCCUGGCCUGGACCAUCGCCGCAGUCUACCACAGCUCCCAUGGCGGGACCUUCAACGUGGAGCCGGGAACGAUUGGAUUUGCCGUGGCGCUCUUCUGCGGCGAGGCUCUGAUUGCCAUCUUCAUCAUCAUGUUCCGGCGCUGGCACAAGGGCAUCGGCGCCGAGCUGGGCGGCCCCAAGAUCUCCAAAUAUAUCAGCGCAGCGAUCCUGGUUUUCCUCUGGGUCUUCUACGUGGUCAUCUGCAUACUGGAGGCCUACGAUGUCAUUAGGAUUUAAGGAGCUCGCAGCCGCAUUGCUUUGACUUUGUAGUUGGCUUUGUUAUUCGCAUUGGCGUUGGAUUUUGGCAGAGUCGGUAAAGUUACAGGAGAGUACGGAAGAUGAGGCUAACCGAUGUUGCGAAGCUGUCGAAAGAUGCUGUAGAUGCAGUUUUUAUAUGUAAACUUAUGAAAUUGAUUUAUAUAUAUGAGUGUGCUCGGCGCUAUAUAUAAAUAAUUCUUGUGUAAAAUUUAUGUUAAUACUAAAAGUAAAAUUUUAAUGUUUAACUAGGUUUAAGUCAGGCUUAUAUACAAACCAUUUUUACGAUUAUUGUCUCUAUUCAUAUUUGAAUUGUAAAUACAGAAAGGCUGCCACGGCUCAGCAAUCUUGUAACUGUAACGAGAUCAUUUACUGUUAUGCCAUAUAUACUUAAUUUACCUUUUAAAAUACGAUUAUAUUUAUUAUAUCAUUCUGUGUACAACUUAAGUCAUUGUUGUUGUUUGUUAAAGCUGUACUUAAUCCCCCAUAAAAUCAAAGAUCAGAAGGUUUGGAUCGUUUGGAUCCCCACUCCGAAUCACCCGAUAUUGUCUCUCCAUCUGCCGAAUACCAUUGUUAAUUUAAUACAUGUGUAAGUUUUAGGAAGAAUCUAAAGGUUUUAGCCAAGAAGAAACGCAAUCCCUCUAGCCAUCUACUACAAAUACUACAAAAACUACUAUUACUGAGUAGGAGCCUCCUCGACAACUAGUUCUAGUCACUUUACACUAUCGACACGAGUCCAACUAGCAACAUUUUCAUUAACUCUGACCAAAGCAAAUGGCGGCACUACUUACUAGCGAUUAGCGAUAGCAAGAAAGACCAUCAGUGUUUCCACACUGCACUGCAAAACUACAAGAGAGCACUAAUCAACUUACUUAAAAAAAGACUUUCUAUUCGCUUACGUCGCUGGCAGUGAUUGAAGUAGAGAAAUUGAAAUUGAAAACGGGAUAUUAAGGCAAACACCAAAACAAUAGCGAGAAUAAAUAACUAGAAUUGAUUGUAUCCGAAUGUAACGAGCAGGUACAUAUUUUUUGUAUAAUGUUGUACUAUUUUUCAUAUAGCAAAAUUCUAGCAAAUUAAUGGAAGAGGAGGCCUAAUGAUAUUUAUAGCCACAUGCAUAAAUUUGUAUUAUAUAUUUGGGGUCACACAACUGUACGGGGAACUCGUUGAGAAACUGCGCCAAAUUUAGUCGUAAUUGAUAAUUAAUUACCGCAUACAUAUACGAACUAUGAAACAAUUUAAUAAAUAUACAAAUAUGAAUAAAUAAUGUAUUAAAUUAUAUUGUCAACGUUUACCGCUAGAUAUUAUAAUUAAAUUUCUUUUUAAAUUUA